UCAUUGAAUAUAGGAGUAGAGAGAGAAAGAGCAGUUCAAGGUAUGACUAUCACUAAGCUAAUUCUGGGGCCCCUUUCUUUGGACCUGAACUCCAUGUCGGAUGAGCUGGAGGUCAGGAGUCAAGAUGUCACCCAAUCCCACAGGAGCCAUUGGCCCUGUCUGGAUGGUCUUUGCAUGGGGAAGAAGGGGGAGCUAUCUGAAGUUCAAGCUCUCUCCUCCCUCCCCGGUGCUGCAUGAGGGGUGUCAUCUCACUCCCAAGAUAACAGGGCCACCUCAACCCUCCUCCUGUGGCUAUUCUGGGCUGUUGUCUGAUCUCCCUUUCUUCCCCCAGCCCUGCUUCAGCCCUUCUUCUGGGAGUAGCGGGGUGGGGAGAAGCCCUGGAGAGGCUGAAAAGCAGGUGCUCGCUCCUCCCUCAGCACCAACAGUGAAAAUCUGCCGCUGGAGCCCAGCCUUGGGUGGCCCAGCAUGGAGGCAGUCACGGCACCGGAGGUGGCCCCAGGACCCACUCUGAAGGUGAAAGAAGCCAGCCCAGCAGAUGCGAAAGAACCCCAGACUUCACCUCGACAGGGGGCCAGCAGCCCUAUUCCUCAGCUCCUGGCCCCUCUAGAAGAGCAACCUAAGAUCUGGUUACCUCGGGCGCUGAGGCAGACCUACAUCCGCAAGGUUGGGGACACUGUGAACCUACGAAUUCCAUUCCAGGGCAAACCCAAACCUCGAGCCACCUGGACACAUAACAGCUGUGCCUUGGAUGCCAGUCGUGUGAGUGUGCGGAAUGGGGAGCAGGACUCCAUCCUCUUCAUCCGAGAAGCCCAACGUGCUGACUCAGGUCGCUACCAGCUCAGUGUGCAGCUGGGCGGGCUAGAGGCCACUGCCACCAUUGACCUCUUGGUGAUCGAGAGGCCAGGCCCUCCUCAGAGUAUCAAGUUGGUGGACGUUUGGGACUCCAAUGCUACCCUGGAGUGGACACCUCCCGGAGACACAGGCAAUGCGGAACUCCUGGGAUACACGGUGCAGAAGGCUGACACAAAAUCUGGGGUGUCUCACUCACGGCAUCUUCUUGGGACCCCAAAGCUGUGGUUCACAGUGCUGGAGCGUUAUCACCGCACCAGCUUCACAGUCUCCAACCUUAUCAUCGGCAACUCCUAUGUAUUUCGAGUCUUUGCUGAGAACCAGUGUGGGCUCAGUGAGACAGCCCCCAUCACUGCCGACCUUGCCCACAUCCAGAAAGCAGUUACUGUUUACAAGACAAAGGGGUUUGCCCAGCGAGAUUUCUCUGAAGCUCCAAAGUUCACCCAGCCUCUCGUGAACUGCACUACAGUCACCGGCUACGACACCCAGCUCUUCUGCAGUGUCCGUGCCUCUCCCAAGCCGAAGAUUAUCUGGCUGAGGAACAACAUGGAUAUCCAAGGCAACCCCAAGUACAGAGCCCUCACUUAUUUGGGAAUCUGCUCACUGGAAAUCCGCAAGCCUGGUCCUUUUGAUGGGGGCAUCUACACCUGCAAGGCGGUUAACCCCCUAGGGGAGGCGUCCGUGGACUGUCGGGUGGAUGUGAUGACUCCUCUUUGAGACUCCCUAAGAGGACAUGGACAACCCCUGAGGAAGGAAGCCUGACUGUGCCAAGAUUGUGUUCUUAAGGAGCUUCAGUACAGCAUCUGGUUUGCACCGAUCUAAAUAAAUGGGAGGCUCCUCAGUG